AUGACAUCUGGUUUACACCGAGUGCUUUUAUGCCUGCUUCUUCUGUUCCUGCUGAGCUCCAGUUUUGCUUCUGGGGACGAUACCGUGGUGGUCACUAGCAGUGGUCCCGUCAAAGGCAGGCACCUCACAACAUCGUCUGGUAUGGUGACGGCUUUUCUGGGCAUCCCUUAUGCUGAACCUCCUGUGGGGAGCCUGCGUUUUCAGAAGCCCCUUCCCCACAAGCCUUGGAACCACAUCUUACAGGCUACCAGCUUCGGAAAUUCCUGCUACCAGCAGAGCCUAGGCACUUUGAGCUACGAAAUAUAUUUAGAAUCCGACUCCACCUUGCCACUUGCCGAGGACUGCCUUUUCCUCAACAUCUGGGUGCCUCAUCCCCGGCCUUCUGCCCCAGCCUCUGUUCUUGUCUGGAUCCAUGGAGGCGGUUUCUUUAGUGGGAGCGGUGCCCUCGACAGGAGCUUCUUGGCUGCGACUGAGAAUAUCAUUGUGGCUUCUAUGAACUACCGUCUAAGUGCGUUGGGCUUUCUCUCACUACCCCCAGAUGCUCCAGGAAAUAUCGGCUUUUGGGACCAACAUCUGGCAUUGAGCUGGUUGAAGGAGAACAUGGCUGCCUUUGGUGGGGAUCCAACCCGGAUAACCCUGGGUGGUCAGAGCGCUGGGGCUGCAUCCGUCGGCUUCCAUCUUCUCUCUCCAGUGAGCCAGGAUUUAUUUGCUCAGGCCACCUUACAAAGCGGAGCCUCCAUUUCCCCCUGGGCUUGGGUGAGCCCCGAGCAGGCCCAGGUGAGAGGGGAGACCCUGGGCCAGAUACUUGGCUGUAGUGGGAACAGCAACAGAAUCAUUGUGAGCUGUCUGCAGAGGAAAAACCCAGAAGAGAUUAUGCUCAAAUUGCCCAUCUUAAGUCAGAAGAUUUUGAUAGACACUGUCUUUGUGCCAACGACAGACGGGGAAUUCCUCCCAGAUGCCCCCCGGAAACUUCUGGAUGCGAAGAGUUUCCCGGUUAAACCUGUCCUGACUGGCUUCACUUCCACGGAGGGUUCCCUGUUCCUCUCAGCCAGUGCACCUGGUUUUAGCCUCUACAAUAACAGUCUGAUCAACCAUCAGCAACUACUGGAGGGCCUCCGCCUCUUGCUUCCAGAAGCUUCUGACAGCGCAAUUAAGAUGGCUGAUGUCGCCUACACUGAUGGGGGGCACGGGGAGGCACAGUAUCGAAACGCAUUGGUUAAAGCUUCAGGGGACUAUCUCUUCUUGUGCCCGGUGGCUGUGGUGGCCCACGAGAUGGCAGAAGCUGGAAGCCCCGUUUUUGCAUACUCUUUCAGCCACCGCCCUUCCUUCAUAUCUGCUGUGCCUGACUGGAUUGGGGUACCCCACUGCGCUGAGCUGCCCUAUGUGUUUGGUGACCCACUGUCUGGGGCAGGUGGCAACAUCACAUACACACCGGCGGAGGUGGAACUCAGCCAAAGGGUUAUGCGGUAUUGGGGAGAGUUUGUAAAGACCGGAUUCCCUGAUGGGGAAAAAGGAAGGAGCUGGCCUGUUUAUUCAGGGGAAAGUUUCUUCCAGAUAAGCACACAUCCUGCUCAUGAUGAUGAUGAUGAGAUAGCUAUUGGUUACUGCAUCCUCUGGGAGCUGUUGGCCACUGGGGAUCCUAGAGCAUGA